AUGCUGCAAAAGGAGCUUGAGCUUACACCCUCUGCAAAAACUGAUGCUGCUGCAGCAUUUUUGGCAUCACUUGAGGAAACAAAGCUCACGAGCUUAGGGGAAGCUGGAAAGAAGCCUCCUAUAGAGAUCCUUCCUCCAGGGAUGGCAUCUCUCUCAGCUCCGCCUGUUACAAUUAAAAAGCCUCCUACCACAUCAACACAGACCCCUACUCCCACUUCGGCACAAAGCACUGCUCCCGCUGCGGCACAGAGUUCUACUGCCACCGAGGGCAGUUCCCAGCCAGAGCCGGAGAAGCCAUUAAUGUUAGAAGCUCCUCCACCUGCCGAGCCAACAGAGAGCAAUCCUCCAGUCUCUGAGACUGCGAGUGGCCCAGUUGCUUCCCCAUAG